CUGAUUGUUCAGUAGAAGGUGGACUGGUGUGUGUCAACAAUGAACAAAAACCAGGUUCUCGAUGUCUUGACUAUGAAAUUAGAUUUCUCUGCCCAAAGUAUACCCCAACAGCGUCCUGGUCUUCAUGGAUAGACAGAGACGACCCAAGUGGCACUGGUGACCGGGAGGAUAGAGAGAACCUCGAAAAGGGACUGGGUGCGAGCAUGCCAUGCCAGAACCCAGAAGCAAUAGAAUGCAGGACAGUACGAACCCAUAUUCCUGCUUCGUCAACUGGUCAGGUGUUUAAAGCAUCUGCUGAUUGUUCAGUAGAAGGUGGGCUGGUGUGUGUCAAGAAUGAACAGAAACUAGGUUCUCGAUGUCUAGACUAUGAAAUUAGAUUCCUCUGUCCAAAGAAUACCCCAA